CCACCAUGGACGAAGCAUCAAACCCACAUCAAAAUGGCGGGUUUCCUUCCCAACCCAUCACUCUAUCCGCCGCAAUCAGACGCUGCCUCCUCAAAGUUGCCAUCAAAGGCGCCGAAAAGCUGAUGAUCGAUGGCCGCAAACGCGAGAACGCGAGCGCUGCUUUCGCUGCCGCUCCUCUGGGAAACAGAGCAUCCCCUGUUUCGACUCUGCAAUCCUCUGGCUCUCAAAUGCUAAUGCUGGUCAAGAAGCAGAACCGAUGGAUGAAUCCAAAUCAAAAUGGACUCUGUCUCACUCUCAACCUACUGAAAAUUCCACAAUUACUCAUGAUGAAGCUCAUCGCCUUCCAAUUCCAUCUCCUGGCCUCUUUCCUCACAUUCCCCAUACGGGUCUCCACCAGGGCUCUGAAGCGGGCAGUAUUGGGGCAAUCGGCGAUCAAGAACCCGGUGAUGACCCUUUGCGGCGCUGUUGCCAACAGAGCCAUCACCGACGCGAAGAAGAGGACGAGGGAUGCGGGUGUGAAGUUGGGGCGAGCUGUUAUCUGCUGUUGCUUCGUGGGAAUGGUGCUUUUGGCAAUGCUGGUGUCUGGGUUCUUGAUGGGCAGCUUGAUUUUGGGUUGGGUACUGGAACCGCCGUUUCAGGGGAAAGUAGCCUUGCAUUUUGAUUACACAAAGGCUUCUCCGGUGGCUUUCCUCCCGUUAGAUCCUUCCUACUCUGGCUCUGGGACAUUGUUGGGGAAUCAAGGUCAUGUUGUUCCGCACAAUCGGAAAAUGGAGGUGACUGUGUCGUUGGUGAUGCCGGAGUCGGAGUACAAUCGCAACCUUGGCAUGUUCCAGGUGAAGGUGGAGUUACUGUCAGCCAGCGGCGAAGUGACGACAUCCACGAGCCGUCCAUGCAUGCUACCAUUCAAGAGCCACCCAUUCCGCCUGGCCGAGUCCGUCAUCAAAGCCUUGCCGCUCUUGGCCGGCAUAGCCUCCGAGUCCCAACUCGUCGACCUAACAAUGGACGACCAACUACUCCCGCAAACCGCCGCUUCAAUGAGAGUGUUGCUGGAACAACGAGCCGAGUUUCAAUCACCGGGAGCCGGAAUCCCACAAGUGUAUGCAGCAACGUUGAAGCUCAAUUGCGAACUUCCUCGAAUGAAGAUGCUGCUGUGGCAGUGGAGGAGGGUUGUUCAUGUGUUGCUCGGCAUCGUCUUGUUCUUCGCGCAGCUGGCGGCGGCGGUGGGUUUGGUCUUCUGCAGAGCGCUUUCUGUUCCGGCGGGAAGGAAGGCGAGUGAUUCUAUGGUGUUUGGUGGGAAGAAGAAGAAGAAGUAUCUCGAGUGAAAGCGGUUUCGUGCAUUGUACAGAGAACAGUGCUCUGCUUCAUC